ACCGUAACUGAUGUGGCGGCACGUGGUAUUGAUAUACCAAGUUUGGAUUUCGUGGUCAAUUUUCAUUUCCCAGGAAAGCCAAAACUGUUUGUCCAUCGUGUGGGACGUUGCGCGCGCGCGGGACGUACCGGCACUGCUUAUUCAAUUUUUUCUACUGAUGACGCUGCUCACGUUUUGGAUCUACAUUUAUUCCUUAAUCGUCAAUUCAAUAUAAAUGAUAGUAAAACUGUUGGUGUUGCACCACAGGAUUUGUUGGAGGAGGAACAUCUAUCUGUUACAGAAGUCAAGAAAAGUCAUGAUAUUGCCGGUGUGUUUCGUACGAGUGAAAACGCGUAUAAAAAGUAUUUAUCGUCACGGCCCGUGGCCUCAACAGAAUCAAACUCUCGUAUAAAAAAGAUUAAGUUUUAUAGUUGCAAGCCUUUGGAUGAUUUCUCGUCGGUUGAAAAAUCAGAAAGUUUGAGUAGUGAAAACCAAAUGAAAUCGAAGGAAGAAGCAGCGUCAGAAGAACGUAAGUUGCAAGAAGAAAAGCAUGACUUGUUGAUGAAAAUGCGAAACUUUAAACCCUCUACAACGAUUUUCGAGUUAAAUCGCCAUCAAAAAUCUGUUCCGUUCACUACAAUGAAAGAAAAGCGGUCGAAACAUACAGAAGUUAUUGAGAAAUAUAGGAAUAAAAUGGUUGAAAUUGAAAAGGAGGAAGCCAAUAAGCAAUUAGAAGAAGAGGAUAAAGAAGAAGCAGAUGAAGCUGACGCAGAUGAUAUUAAUGCAGCGUUUGACACAAUAGUCGCUCCAAAGAAACGAAAGAACCUGGAAGACUUGUAUAAGAAUAAAAAGAAAAAGAAGAAGUCCAAUGUUAAGGACGCUGAGAACUAUAUCCCAUACCAGUCUGCAGACAAACACACCGAGGAUGGCCUUGCCAUUAAUACCUUCGAGCGACAAGCCAUGAAUGCAGAAUUCUCUGUGGUCGAUCGUGACAGCAAUACGGACAUGCGCCACAAGCCAGGCAUGAAAAGAUGGGAUCGAAUUAAGAAGAAAAUGGUGUCUGUCCAAGAUCCACGUGCUAAUAAAAUACGUUCUGAAUCGGGUGCCUGGAUUCCAGCCUCUUUCAAGACUGGCCGCUAUAAUGACUGGAAAGAAAAAUCAAAAAUCGAAGAACAGUUGCAGCGUGAAAACGACAGCGAUGACAAUGGAUUCAAACCACUUCAUCAGUCACAACGUUAUCCUGUUGGACGUCAUGCGCGUCACAAUGCAAAGGUGGCGGUCAAGAAGCGAACAGGUGGUGGCGAGAAUGAACUGCGUCAUCCUGAACAGAUAGUAAAGGCGCGUAUGCGUUUAGAAUUUAUCAAGAAGCGUAAUGCAGAAAAUGCAUUGCGUAAGGCUGAGAACAGGAAACGCAGUAUGCGGAAAUCUCAGCGAACCAAGUCAAAGAAAGGUGGCAAGAAAUAGUGGAAAAUCGAGAUGAGAGUGUAGUUGAAAAGAUAUUAGGGCUAUAUGUAUGUGGUAUCUAUAGUGUUUGGUAGGUUAUCCAAUAAAAUUCUAGAUUGAAGCGCUGUUACAGAAUACAAGAACAUAUACAAAAAAUUGAGUACCCUUCUAAUGUGUUUUUAUUAUAAAGAAUGUAAAUAAAU